AUGAGCUCACUGGCACCUAAAGUUGCAAUGGCUGCAGUGGCUAUGGAUGUUAAACUGUCUGACGAGUUUAAACCCGCCUCACCUCGUCGUCUUGCUGAAGCUGAUUGGGCCGUACGUGCGCAGCAGCUGACACCUCGCACUACAGUAGAAAAACCAUAUCAGCUGGCAUCACUGACGUUGGGUCUCGAAGAGCUCAUUGGCACGACAGAAGAGCAGUUGACUAAUUCGUUGGAAUUAGCCCAGAACUCGCGCUCUUACAUUUCGGACGAGGAUGUGGAUAAGUGGCUAGAGGAUUUCCAAAUUCCUACAAAGCAACUGGCCAAGUGCUCAACGCCUGAAGAAUUUCAAGAAAUGCGUCGACGAUAUGCGCGACAGCUUCGUCUCGAGUGCUCUGUAUAUGAGAUGGCAAUGGAUAAGUACACGUCUUCGCACGAGAAAGUGCGACAACUUGGUCGAUCUACUGAAACCAAUGCAGCUAAAGAUCUUAUUCGGAAGUGGAUGCCCGAGACAAAGAGGUACAUCGAGGCGGAGCAGAAGAAGAUUAAAACAGGGAAACACAGCACGGACAGUAACCUAUACGGCCCAGCUUUGAUGCUUCUAAAGUCUGACGUGCUCGCUGCCACGGGUAUGAACAUCAUGCUGAACUCGUGUCUGAUGGAACCUAAAGGACCCAAAUUCAUUAAAUUAGCACUUGCCAUGGGCAAGGCGGUUCAGGAGGAGAUUAUUUCAAGAAAAGAGGAGGCAGCAAAGCGAAAUGACGGGAAAACCGAUAAGUUUGGCUUGAAAUUAACUGAGGAAAUUAAGUUUGAUAGCCUUAAGGUACGCAUGAGAGAAUAUAUUGAUACUGUCGGUGGCUGGGAUAAGCGUCUUCAGAUCAAGGUCGGUGCCGCGGUUGUCGACUGUAUUCAGCGCACAUGUUAUGUGCCUAACAGUUCAGGCGAAGUGUCCACACCUGAACUUUGCGCGACUAAAGGCCUGCCUGCGCCUGAACCAGCUUUUAUUCACAACUAUGUCUUUGAUCGCAACCGCCGCGCUGGUGUGAUUCAGAUUCACCAAAAAAUGGCUGAUACUGUGCUGGCGACAAGGCCAGAUGCAAAUGUUUUGCCGUGGACUGCGCGCUAUCUGCCGAUGCUUGUGCCACCCCGUCCGUGGACCGGCGUUGUGAACGGUGGAUACCUGAAAUUGCGCACGAAAAUUAUGCGCCAACGCGACUCGGCCUGGCAAAUGGAUUGCGUUCAGCGUGGCGAGAUGGGUGGCAUUUUGAAGGCGUUGAAUCUUAUGGCGGAGGUCCCGUGGGUGAUCAACAAAGAAGUGUUGAAUGUUGUCCUUCAGAUCUGGGAGGACGGCGGUAACUUUGGCGACUUGCCUACACGUAAAGAGGUCCCACUGCCCGAUCAAAACAGUCCAGAGUUUGCCGACGACCCAGCACUUUAUUACAAGAAUGUCCGCAAGAUUGAGCAACUGAACCGUGAGUUCCAUUCGCUGCGCUGUGAUACUUUGUACAAGCUUCAAGUUGCUGAAGAGUUCAAGGAUGAACCAGAGCUCUAUUUUCCGUAUAAUAUGGACUUUCGCGGUCGCGUGUACCCGAUUCCACCAAACCUCAACCACCUGGGCUCCGAUCUCUCUCGUAGUUUGCUUAUUUUUCGCGAUCGCAAGCCCUUAGGUGAGAAUGGAUUGCGGUGGAUGAAGAUUCAUCUGGCCAAUGUUUUUGGUGUGGACAAGUGCUCAUUUGAUGAGCGCGUGGAAUUUGCGGAUGCCCAUCUGGACAAGGCCGUGGCAUCGGCACGCAAUCCUCUUGGCGAGGGUGAUUGCACGUGGUGGAAGGGCGCGGACUAUCCAUUUCUGGCACUGGGCGUGUGCUUUGAGCUCAAGCGCGCAAUUGAGUCUCCCGACCCAACAAAGUACAUGUCUAAUAUCCCAAUCCACCAGGACGGCUCGUGCAAUGGACUUCAACAUUAUGCCGCCCUGGGCCGUGACCGUCGCGGGGGUGGUCAGGUGAAUCUUGUACCCGCGUCUCGACCGAGCGACGUGUACACGGGUGUAGCAACACAAGUAUUAGAGAAGGUGGAACGUGAUGCUGCUCUGGACGUGCCAAGCGUCGAGGAAGUAAAUGCGAUGCUCAAAAAUGCUUCUCCCACCGACAGAGUGGAACUACUCAGGUUACUUCGUCAGGCUCACAGGAAGAAGUGCGCUCGAUUUCUUGACGGUAUCAUCACGCGAAAGGUGGUAAAACAGACAGUAAUGACGAGCGUGUACGGUGUGACAUACAUAGGUGCGCGCAAGCAGAUCUCCGCUCGUCUGCACGAGGCGUUUCUUACCAAAGGACACAUCAUGGAUGAGUUACUAGAAGACGACAUUUACCAUUCUGCGUGUUACUGCGCUGAACUGACGAUGGGCUCCAUGGGUGACUUGUUUACCUCUGCACGAGGCAUUAUGGAGUGGCUGGCAAAAUGUGCCGCUCUGGCGGGUGAAAGCGGCCAACCGAUGUCUUGGAUCACUCCCCUGGGUCUGCCGGUGGUGCAGCCGUACCGCAGCAAGUCUACAAAACAGGUGCGCACGAAGGUUCAGCAUGUACUGAUGGUAGAGAAUGAAGGGCGACAGGUGAGCAUCGGUCGUCAGAAAUCAGCCUUUCCGCCAAAUUUCGUUCAUUCUCUCGACUCCACACACAUGAUGCUGACAGCACGUCGUUGCCUUGAGGACGAUAACAUUGCAUUUGCAGCCGUGCAUGACAGCUACUGGACGCACGCGUGUUCCGUGGACAUUAUGAACCGCCGACUGCGCGAAGAAUUUGUGAAUUUGUAUGAGCAACCUCUGUUAGAAGAUUUGCUGACGGAAUUGCGGCUUCGUUUUCCAGACAUGAAGUUUGAGGAUGUGCCCCAGCUAGGUGACCUGGAUCUGCGCAGCGUCCUAGACAGCCCUUACUUUUUUAACUAA